AAAAAAAAAAAAAAAAGAUCAUUGUGUCAUGUUGUAAAGCAGAAAAAUACAAAGCUGUUCCCUCUCUGGGAGGCCUAAGAGAGAAAUGGUAAUGACGUAAGGAAAUGGCCUGAAAAGCUGCAGCAGAGCUGGAGCAGCAAACAUCCGUCCUGCUGAGAUGCGCUGUGAAAGCUCUGACAUUAGCUAGUUUGGAGUACAGUUUCCAGAAGCAGAGCAUGUUAGUUCCAUUUUACCUGACACCACAAGCAGAUGAGCCAAAGAUCAGCUGUGCCACCUCCUGACUAGUGGUUAUCAUCUGCAAUUCUAACAGAACACCACAAUUUACUAAUGCUUGCUCAGAGCAUGCUCCUGUCCUGCUCUUUAGGAGAAUCUUUGGAAUGCAGUUACUUUUGUAUCCAAUUUGUGUAAUAUUACUCCUUAACAACAUCUUCAGGCUUACUUGCUUCUGCAUAUUUCUGUUUCAAUAAUGUUCUUGCCUGAGAAAGUCUGUAAUUAAAUAAGGAUCAUUCUGCUGCUUGUUAGUCUGAGACUGCAGCUGGGUGACCCCCACACCUGAGGUGCUGCUGUCUACCUGCAACACUUCACACUGUGAGGAAACCAGCAACUUGUUCAGAUGCAGUAUGUUUGUCUCUUACUUCCUUUAUCUGCUUGUAAAUUACUUCUUUUAUUUAAGUGUUCCAAAGAUAUGUUUCCUCCUGCUUCCUUGGGUUAAGCUUGCUGUUGGAGGGGCACGUGAGGAAUCAAAAGACACUUGCCAGCUGCACUUGGUACAACAAACCAACGAGUAGGAUGUGUGGUUACCAGUUAACAGCAGUAGAAAAAAUGGGGUGGGACACCUUAGAGUCCUUUGCCUGUCAGUGCAGUGGGCAUUGGAGGAAGCGGGGAAGCAAAUUAAUUAGUAUUUCACCACAGAAGUGAAAAGAGAAUGCUUUAAAAUGAAGCUUUCCCUACUCUGUGUGUGAUCCUUCCAACUCAAUGCUGUCAGAUAACCGUGUUAACUUGCAUAAUGACUUUUCUUUCUUAUUCUGCUAUUGACUUUCCCCUUUUCCUUUAGUUAUAGAUGCUCUUCUGUUUCAAAUCUCUAAGCUAAUAGUGAAAAAUAUGUAAGGAUGUUGAUCAACGUGACCCACGAGGCCGGACCCCGCUGCAUCUGGCUGUUUCCUUGGGUUAUUUAGAGUCUGCCAAGGUCCUCCUUCAGCACAAGGCAGAUGUCACCAAAGAGAAUGCACAGGGAUGGACAGUGUUACACGAGGCUGUCAGCACAGGAGACCCAGAGAUGGUCCAAAUGAUCCUGCAGCACCGGGACUACCAGCAGGCCUCGAUGACACUUGGAGGGGUGCCUGAACUACUCCAAAAGAUUAAUGAGACCCCUGACUUUUACGUGGAAAUGAAAUGGGAGUUCACUAGCUGGGUCCCUCUGGUUUCCAGAGUCUGCCCAAGCGAUGUCUGCCGCAUCUGGAAGAGCGGCGCCAAGCUGCGAGUGGACAUCACCCUGCUGGGCUUUGAGAAUAUGAGCUGGGAGAGAGGAAGGAGAAGCUUAAUUUUCAGGGGAGAAGAUACUGGAGGCUGGGCAGAACUAAUUGAGAUAAAUCAUGACGAGAAGUUUGUUACAACGGAGCGUUUUGAGAUUUCCCAACAUAUGGAGCAUUUGACAUUGGAAUCUAUGACACCAAAAAGAAAAGAUGUGGAAAGACGCCUUACAUCUCCCAUCAUCAACACGUGCCUUGACACAAAAAACAUUGCUUUUGAAAGAACCACAUCCGGAUUCUGGGUAUGGAGGACAGAAAAAGCAGAAGGUGUAAAUGGUUAUGAAGCAAAGGUGUACACAGCAAACAAUGUGCAUGUGGUCACAAGAAUCCGAACGGAACACUUAACAGAAGAGGAGAAGAAAAGAUAUAAAGCUGACAGGAACCCCCUAGAAUCAUUUCUGGGCACAGUGGAGCAUGAGUAUGGUGCUCAGAGCACGACCAAGACAACAGAGUAUGCUGCAAGUAACAAUCCUACUGCUAUUACUCUGGAGGAAUACUUUGACCCUGAGUUUGAUUUGAAGGGCAGGGACGUAGGACGGCCGAAGGAAGUGACCAUUCGAACGCAGAAAUUUAAAGCCACCCUGUGGAUGAGUGAAGAGUUUCCCUUGUCUCUCAUGGAACAAGUCACUCCGAUCAUCGAUCUGAUGGCCAGAACUAGUGCACAUUUUGCCAGACUUAAGGAUUUCAUCACUCUGGAAUUUCCGCCAGGAUUUCCUGUAAAAAUUGAAAUCCCCUUGUUUCAUGUGCUGAAUGCCCGAAUUACAUUUGAAAAUGUCAAUGGCUGCAGGACAGCUGACAAAACAUCAUCACAGAUGGUUGGAGGUGCACAGUGUGAUCCAGGUGCUAAUUUCGAGGUUGACCAGUCAGUGUUUGAGAUCCCCAAAUCUUACCAUGUCCAGGAUGAUGGCAGGAACCUCCAUGUGCAGGAUGAAGAUAAUGAGAUCAUGCAGUUUGCUAUUCAGCAGAGUUUGCUGGAAUCCAGUGGCAAUAAAGAAGUGGGGGUGCAUUCCAAUGGAGCAGUUGCAUAUUCACAGGACUUCAAUAUCCAGUAUCAGAGGGCACUGCAGGAGAGCUAUCUAACAAGCUCAGGUAACUCCCACUGCAGCACCCAUAGUGAACCUUCCAGCUUUGAAAAGGACCUGCAGCUGGCCAUGGAGUUGUCUGUCCGGGAGCAGGAGCAACGGGAGAAGCAGCGGCAAGAUGAGGAAGAUGCAGAGCUUCAGCAGGCCUUGCAGCUCUCUCUUGUGGAAAAGUAACUCCUGGGUGAUCUCCUGAAACAAGGAUGACCAAAUCUGCAUUAAACUGAAGGUUUUCAGGGCUCUCAGUCUGAAGACCACUCCUGGAUUGCUUAAGUAAACAUUUCACCUGCUUUCUAAGUUGUCAUCAUGAGCUGCAAAAAGCUGCUUUAUUUUUGUUCAAAGGAGUUUCAAAUCACAGGACUCUGCUUUGGGCUCCCCAGCCACACAGUCUUAGUUUGGAAGGAAGAGUCUUUACCUAAACAUAUUUAUUGAGGAGCAGAUGGAAAUUUUGCUUAGCAUCAGGAUGUAGGAUUGCAGCAAAGCUAGAAAACUUGAUUUAUGGGGGAGUUCAGGAGGGAAACUUCAUACUUACCAAAGAAAUACUCGUCUUUUCUAGGUAAUUCCAAGCCAUUGUCUGUUUCUUCCAGUUGUGACAAGGAGGAGUGUCUAGAUGCAUACACACCCCAUCACACGUAUGGUAGUUGUUCAUGCUGGCAGAUGCUUUCUCUUAGUUUUGCUUAUAUGUUGUUAUAUUUUCUCUAGUUACUGAGAUUUUAUCACAUGCUCCUGCUUAAGAGAGAUAAUUUUAUACUUGAACAGCUAAUCCAAGCUAAAGAUUAAACUAGUGCUUUCUGAAAAAGGACAAAACAAGUAGCCAGUAAAAUUUUAGAUCCUAAAAUGGGACCAUCUGUCCAGUACAGUGGCAGUUUCUGCAGUGAUUCCAAACCAGCUUGUUCCAGUAGUCUGAGGGCAGCAAGAAAAUGAGUGAUAGUCACAGGUGCUUCUUGCCAUCACUUGGUGUGUGUGCAUGAGUGUGUGCCUGCGUGUGGGUGCUAAACUGAAACAGAAGAGGAUUCAGGUGAAAUUUUACUGUGUACUUAUUGGAAGAGUUUUAUUUCUGUCAUCUGAAAGGGAAUCGUGUGUUGCUUUUUAAAAUUCAAGUGCUCAGCCUUCACGUGGGUACAUAUAUUUUUUUAUCUGAAUAUUUUUAUUGAUUUUAAAACAAGCCAAUAGGACUACACUCAUAAAAAUGGUAUUGUAAGAAUUCACAAGUAUGUUUUUUUUAACCAGCUUUCCUCAGGUCUUUCGUCAUACAAUGUAUUUGUAGCUGUUUUAUCUGCACUUCUGCCAGUGUUUACAGUACUUGCACUGUGACUCUCAAGUGCACUCCACAAGUACAUGAUGUACAUCCCCAGGAAAGCCUUACAGGAGUUUAAUGUGAGCAGUAUUCCUCUGUUCUGGCUGACAGAAGUGUGCAGAACCUAUGGUACAUGAGGUCUGGUCUUGCUUACCUAAUCCUGCACUUGUUCCUUGGGCAAAACAGGGUGGUUCUAUGUGACCAACUGUUAACCAGUGUGAAAUCACUAUAAAAUGGACUUGAUCAUAACCAGUGAGAUGGCUGGUAACUUGGAACCCUAUUUUAAACCAAUAAUCCAUUGUUUUACAUAGCAAAUAAUUAAAAUUCCUUCAGUGUGCACUAGAGCUGGUAGAGCUGCACUGUUCCUGUGAAGUGACACAGCUUGCAGCCCCAAACAGCUUCCCUGGGGUUGGCAGGAAUGUCAGCUGUCUUGCAUAGUGGCAGUGUUGGGAUUGCAUCUUUCUUUGAAAAGGGGACUGCUGUGACUUUCACAGCUGCAAAAAAGGGACUAAGCCUUGCAUUGAGCUCUUGGCCAAGUUGGGAGGUGGAAGAUGAGACUGGUUUGUUUCCUCCAGUGGAAAUAAAGAGUGCUGUUGCCUUGAUAAACCAUCUGCCUGACAUGGCUUUGUUUCUGUUGAGCAUUUCAAAGGUUUCAAGGGGGGAGAAUAUAUUUUUUUCAAGCUGACUUACCUCUGCUUUUUGUCUUAUAAGCUAAAGAAUACAGAGCUGUUUUGGUUCAAGUUUUGUUAUGCUCCUGCUUGUAAAAAAAAGAAAGUGUAUGUUUGU